GUUCAAGGUUUUCAUUACAUAAAUCACGUUGUCUCUGCUUGACCACGUGAUAAAUAAUAAAAUAUAUUGAUUAAACUCUCAAAUUUUUGUAAACUUGUAUACCAAUUCAAUGAAUUUUUUGUAACAAUCAAUUCAUAUCGAGUCGAUUGUAGGGCGAUAGGGUACACAAAGCCAACAAAACAGUUGUUUCAUUUACCGACGUACGUGAAAAAACUGAAAACUGUUUGCGUGGUAUCGUACACGCUACACGCCACAAGUGACUUGACUUCGAAAGAAAUGGCGUCGAACGAAGCGAGUGCUCCAAAAUUAUUUACCCGUGCCGAAGUAUCCCAACACAAUGAUAGUAAGGAAACUUGGCUGAUCAUUCACAACAGUGUUUACGACGUUACGAAUUUUUUGAACGAGCACCCUGGUGGUGAAGAGGUACUUUUGGAGCAAGCUGGAAAAGAUGCCACGGAACAAUUUGAAGAUGUUGGGCACUCGACCGAUGCCAGACAGAUGAUGGAGCCUUAUAAAAUAGGAGAAAUCGUACUGGAGGAAAGAACGAAAGCCAGCGAUGAUAAGUCCAAGUAUCCCUCUGGUGGUAGUGCUGGACAUGAUGAUGCCAGUGGUUCUUGGAGAUCCUGGUUGAUUCCUAUUGCACUGGGAGUUCUCGCAACACUCGUCUACCGCUACUUCAUUAGUGGGCAUUAAAAAGAAGAAUUUGCUCCAGCAUUUUAUCUACCAUAGUCGAUGCUAUUGUAAUGGUAUUGUUAUAAGACACGUGUAACAGUUGAUUAAGUGUUAAAAGGACGAUUGUCCUGGAUGGAAGUGUAUAAUUGUUGUUUCAAAAACAUUACCAAUAUAAUGUAGGUAUUUCGAUGGCAGCUGCAAUACAAUGUGCUGAACAAUCGAGGGGAGUUCACUGCCCCAAGUAAAUCUCUAUGAUUUACAGAACAAAAUGGCACACCCAUACAAAGUAGAUUUACAUUUUACAUAGUACUUGCGUAGGAAUUUAUUGAAAGUAUUGUAAUUAAAAGGGUUUGUUAAAUAUUUGAUUAUUUAACUUUUAUACAAGUGAUUGCUACUGUAAUUGAUUUAACGGUGAUUUCGUUUAGCAUUUUAAUCGAGAAUAUGCAUUUUAUAUAAUAAUUUUUGAGCAAUGAUGCAAAUACAAUAAUCACUGGGCAAAUUUCUAUAUACUUUAUUGUCAUAUUUUCAACUAUAUUUUCGAGAAAACUAAUAUAAAUCAGGUUGAAAUAUAA